AUGUUUGGCCUUGGCUCAGGACAUCUACUGGACCUGGUGGAGGACGCCUGUUUGGGCCUGUGUUUCGAGGUGCAUCGUGCUGUCAAACAGGGCUACUUCUUCCUGGAUGACACGGACCAAGAAAGCAUGAAGGACUUCGAAAUCGUUGACCAACCAGGAGUGGACAUUUUCGGGCAAGUGUACAAUCAGUGGAACAAGGAGUGUGUGUGUCCCAACUGCAACCGGAGCAUUGCUGCGUCCCGCUUUGCCCCUCAUCUGGAGAAAUGCUUGGGCAUGGGGCGCAACAGCAGCCGCAUCGCCAACCGCAGAAUAGCAAGCAGUAACAACAUGAACAACAAAUCAGAGAGUGAUCAGGAAGACAAUGAUGACGUCAAUGACAAUGACUGGUCGUAUGGCUCAGAAAAAAAAGCUAAGAAGAGAAAGUCAGAUAAGGUAUUUUUACAUUCUUUGAAACAACAUAUACCUUUGGUAAGUUUCAUUGCUGUGGAGAUUCAUGUUCUGUAUGUUGUGUUUUUGUCCACAUGUAAUUGCAAGGGGGCCAAUAGAUUGGUGGUGGUUGUGUGCAUCAUCUGUGUCUUUGGGAGUCUGGCAAGUAGACUGAUAGAUCAUAUGCUGUUCUCUUUUUCAGGGGAGCUUAGUAAUAGUGUCAAUGCAGAUCCAUACAAGUACAACUAUAACACUGGCAUCAAUUACGAAACUUUAGGCCCUGACGAACUGAGGUCUCUGUUGACAACACAAUGUGGAGUGAUCUCAGAGCACACCAAGAAGAUGUGCACCAGGUCCCAGCGGUGCCCCCAGCACACGGACGAACAGAGGAGGGCCGUCAGGGUGUUCCUCCUGGGGCCGUCCGCGUCAUCUCUGCCCGAUGCAGACACGAUGGUGGAGAGUGACUGCUACGACGCCUCAGACGGACAGGUUCUCAUGAGUCGCCUACAGUGGGACGGAUCCUCAGACAUCUCCCCCUCCGAUUCAGCCUCCUCCAAAGCCAGCACCAACAACUCAGAUUCUAAGAAGCCCAAGAAGAAGAAGACGACGUCUCUUGGCCUAAACAGCACAGGAGGAGGAGGGGGCGGCAGUGGGAGUGGAGGGGGCAGUAGCUCCCAGAGUAGUCUAGUAGGCCAAUCCAACAGAAAGAAGAAGCCCAAGCUUCCUGUUCCCUCUGCCCCCAGUAUCUAUGACAACCUAAACUGACAACCUAACCCCCCCCCUCUCAGAGGCAAAGAUGAUAACAUCCACUCACUCACACAUUAAUAUCAGCUCUGAUUAGCCCAGGGGUUGUAACUUCUCUUUUUUCAUAACUGGACACAGCACCCCUUCAUUUGAACACCAUUCUUAUUUGUUUGUUGUUGAAGACAAUAUUUUGCAAUUCCAGUUAUAAAGAAACAUGGAUUGUUCACUUUAAUUAUGUUUUUGUUAAUCAGUGAUUUAGGCUUCAGACAUGGACCAAUCACACUCCGCUUUUUUGCACUCUGAUCUGUUUUCUCCUGAAAACAAAACAUUGCUUUCUUUUUGACUGUCUCUGUUUAGGAGGGGACUUGUGGACUAAUUGCAUCACCUUACGACUACAGUGUUGUUAUUGUGGUGGAGGAUGUCAGUGCCAUCUUGUUGUUUCACCAGUAUUGGGGUACUUGAUGGUCGCUUUAUCCGUACUAGCAUUGUAUUGCACAGUGGUGUGUGUGUGUAUGAAUGUUUGUUGUGUAAAGUUGACUGUUUUCCGUGUUGUGUGCGUGAUUUAAUUUGUUUUCAGAUUACUAUGCAUCUCUGAAUGUGCCAUUGUGGUAGAGUCAGUAUAUGUGUUAUUUUGUAUAUUUAACUUUUUUGGUUUACAUUGACUGUGUCAAGUGAGGAUGUGUAUUUAAUGUCUGCACUCAGUAAAUUGUAAAUGCAGAUGUUGACGUGU